GACAAAACUCAAGCAUAUCAUUGAAAAAGAUUCCACGUGUUUUAUGCCGUUUAUGGUUUUGCGGAACACAUUUCGUUCAUAUAUAUAUGCCCUUUAAUUCCAUACGUUGAAGUCUGGGAAUUGAGGAUAAGCAAGUUAUCAUCUUCAUCAUGCAGAUAUCCAAGGCUCCAGUGCCCAAGUAUCUUAAAGAUGAUGAACUGACUCAGGAAUGUAAGGACUUACUUUCGUCCCUUCCUACAGAAAUGGGGUGGGUUGCUUCAACAUUUUACAAAUAUCAAGGUUUCUGGCAUCCUUGUCGGCAUUUGCAGGGAAUCCUAUCAUGUCAAAAACACUUUGAGGCUCAAGACAAAGAUACUCUUCUCGUUACAACUCCUAAAUCAGGGACUACUUGGUUAAAGGCGCUCUUGUUCACCCUAAUAAACCGUACCCAUUUCCAUCACUCCGCUCACAACCACCCAUUACAGUCAAACAGUCCCCAUGUACUCGUUCCUUUCUUGGAGGUGAAGCUGUUCCUCGAGCAUGAAAAUCCAGAUUUGUCAUCCUUCAAAUCUCCAAGACUCUUCUCCACUCACAUGCCAUAUGUAUCUCUACCAAAAUCCAUCCAUGAUUCUAAAUGCAAGCUCGUUUAUCUAUGUAGAGACCCCAAAGACACUUUGGUUUCUCUUUGGUUUUUCACAAACAAGUUGAGGCUCCAGGAAAUGGGGAGCCGUUCGCUUGAGGAAGCUUUUGAGUUGUUCUGCGGAGGAGUGAGCAUGUAUGGACCCUUUUGGGAUCAUGUGUUAGGUUACUGGGAGGAAAGCUUGAAGAAUCCAGAUAAAGUAUUUUUUCUGAAAUAUGAGGACAUGAAAGACGAACCAGUGGUACAUUUAAGGAAACUAGCUGAGUUCUUAGGGUGCCCAUUUUCCUCCGAAGAAGAGAAAGACGAGGUGUUGGAGGGUAUUGUUGAACUUUGUAGUUUUGAUAAUCUGAGUAAUCUGAAGGUGAACAAGGUAGGAAAGCUUCCAUCUGGCGAGGAUUACAGUGUAUUUUUCAGGAAAGGCGAAGUUGGUGACUGGAAAAACCAUCUGACCUCGGAAAUGGUGGAGCGUCUUGAUCGUAUCUGCAAAGAGAAGUUCGAAGGUUCAGGAUUAAGUUUUUAGCGUGUAUGAUUUUGUAUGUUCUUUUGUUAAUUAAUGGUUGUAUGAGUGCUCCAGUCGAAUGGUAUUUCAUACUUCGUUU